AUGGUUGAUGAUUCCAUCACAGACGCUGAGCUAUUCCAUGGCCGUCCGAUUUCCAUUGAUUUCGUCAAGAAACGCAAGGCGAAUUGGUUCUGGAAACUGAAACAGUGGAAGAUUGAUGCGCGUCGCAAGCAAUGGAUUUAUCAAUGGAAGAGAGCAAAUCCAGGCGAAGAUUGUACACUGAAAUCUCUGCGAGAGAAACUGAUCACUGAUAGAAACACAUCCAGCGACAGAUUUUCUUGGAAGAUUGAUGAUGAUGAUGACGACGAUGAUGAGACUGAUCUUGAAAGAGCAUCUUCUGCUAGUAGCCCAACGAGUGUCCUCAAGAGCAAAGAAGACGACUGCUUCUGCUGUUCUAAGCAAGUCACUGAGGAAGAUCAAGAAGAGGCUUUUGACGACGCGUUUGACAAUUUCGACGGUUUCAUCGACGCGUUAAGCUUCUUUGAGAACGAAGAUCCAAAGCCAAAGACUGAGAAGCUCUUUGAGAAAGAAAAGUCAUCAUCAUCUUCGGGUAUUCGCAGCAAGAGGAGGAAGAAGAAGAAGUCGAAAGAAUGUGACGACGACAAUGAGAAGAGUGAGUGUCCGAUUUGCUCUGAAGAGAUGGACGAAACUGAUCUAAGCUUCACACCAUGUCCUUGCGGGUUUCGUUUAUGUCUCUUCUGCCAUAACAAGAUCAACGAGAACGAUGGUCGUUGCCCAAAUUGCAGGGAAAAGUAUGGCAAGACGAGUAGUAGUAAUCGUAGUGGUGGCGAAGUAAGUUUCCAGCAACGUGGUCGUGGCACGUUGCGUUUGUCUCCUUCGUUUAGAGGACUUGACAGAGCAUAA